CUCUGGGAUCAUCUCCUAUCUGUCAGCAGUCAAGGUGUUUACAGGAAAUUAAAGAAACAGGGGGAGAGGAGAGCUGUCAAGGGGCAGUUUGCAGGGAAUCAAGAUUCCUUCAUUUAAUUUUCGAAUUUAAGAAGUGCAACAUGGCCAGGGGCUGCCUCUGCUGCUUGAAGUACAUGAUGUUCCUCUUCAAUUUGAUAUUCUGGCUCUGUGGCUGCGGGCUGCUCGGAGUGGGCAUCUGGCUGUCCGUGUCCCAAGGCAACUUCGCCACCUUCUCCCCCAGCUUCCCCUCGCUGUCCGCAGCCAACCUGGUCAUCGCCAUCGGCACCAUCGUCAUGGUGACGGGCUUCCUGGGCUGCCUGGGGGCCAUCAAGGAAAACAAGUGCCUCCUCCUCAGUUUUUUCAUCGUCCUGUUGGUCAUUCUCCUAGUGGAGCUGAUCUUGCUAAUCCUCUUCUUUGUCUACAUGGACAAGGUGAACGAGAACGCCAAGAAGGACCUGAAGGAAGGUCUGCUGCUGUACAACACCGAGAACAACGUGGGGCUGAAGAACGCCUGGAACAUCAUCCAGGCCGAGGUGCGCUUGGGGCCGGGCGGCCGGCACAGACUCUGCCCCGCCCUCGGCCCACCCCCGCUGACCACGGCCCCUCCCGCUGUCUUGCAGAUUCUGGGCAUGGCCUUCUCCAUGACCCUCUUCCAGCACAUCCGCCGGACGGGUAAAAAGUACGACGCCUGAGCAGGCGGGCAGGCGGGCAGGCGGCGCGCCCGCCCGUGCGGACUCUGCGCCAGGGAAGAAGGUUCCAGCAUUGCGUUGCCGGCCCGCACGCUCCAGACUGCCCAGCCUGCACCCCUGCCCCUCCUGCCACCCCCUCUGCCUUCCGGGUGGGUGGAAGGCCAGGGAGGAGAAGGCGGGAGGCACGCGGAGACCUUGGGGUGUCGGGGCUCCCGGAUUCUUGCAUCUGUGCAUUUGCCAAAGAAGACGGCGGGGGCCGGGCACGGGCGCCAGGAGGCCCCGCAGCGGCGGCGGGUUUCUGCCCGGCCCCCCUCACACUGACGCUGUGUCUCCCGUGGGGCGGGGAGCGAGCGCCCCCUUCCCGGUGCCCGUAUGAGGGGGACAGCUGGCGGGUCGGGCGGGGCCCUCGCUGCCUCCCACAGGCCCCUGGGUGCGCCUUGCCCGGGCUUUUUAUACCUUACAGUGUAACUUUUUUAUUUUAUUUUACUCUGAUUAUGAUUAUUCAGGAAUAUUAUCUCCCAGAUAAGUUUAGGGUUAGUGCUCUGAUUUAUGACUUUUUACUGUGUUGAUUUCUGUAACGGUUUGAUUUUUUCUGAGGGUGGGGGAGGAGCAGGGAGAGGGGCGCCUGUCUGGAGCUGGUCAGGGAAACCCGCUGCGCCCCUCUGGGGAGCGCUGCGUCUGCUCGCGCCCAGCCGAGGGGCGCAAGAGGGGCGCAAGCGGGCGGGCUGGGGCGUGGGAGCCGAGAGCAGGGUGGGGGCCGCCUGGCACGAAGCCUGUGCUGAGCGAGGCGGCGGGGGCAGCCAGGGUGCCCGAGGCUGGCCCGCCGAUGAAGUUUCCCUUCCCCUUCUGUCCUCCUGCCCUCUGUUGGCACGGACAGGGGCGCCCCGGCCACCCCACACAGGCGUUCCUGCCACAGGGUCUGCAAACCCCGGUUACUUUCAGACAUUCCUGCUAGAAACUCUCAGACAAAUACCUCUAUAGUUCGGAUGCCCAGUUCCUCACAUUGCUUCUGGAAGGGGAAGCCAUUCCUCGACUUUGCUGCUAAGACAGUCACCUGAGGACCAGUGACCAGCGGGCGGGGGGCGGGGCGCGGAGGAUACCACCCCUCCAGCCGGAGUCCCGCGCUGGCUUCCUGCUGGAGGGUCCCAGGACCCUCCUCGCCUUCCUCGGGCGCAGGGAUGCUGGUUGGGUGGCCGCCAUGUCCUCUGUGACCCCAAGGAGAAGAACACUCUAGAGCGAUCAGCCUGGAUCUUGUUACAGCACCCCAGGACAAAGCAGACUUGGGAGACAACAGGCCGGCGGGAGUUACAGCGGCAGCAGCCCCCCCCGAAAACGUCCUCUGGGCGAGUUGAACAUGUCGCAGUAAAGAGAAAAAGAGUCCACAGGACUGAGAUUGGAAAAAUUACCCCGCGACUGGCUAGACGCUGGUGCACUUCCCCCAUGGGACCGUGCGUGUGUGGAUGGUGGGGUUCCUUCUCCCCAUUUGACUGGUUGCCUCGAUUUCCCACCGGGCCACGGUUCCCUGCCCGGCCGCCACCUGUCUGCCGUCCCGAGACUGAAGGCCGCUGCCCACCAGCUGCGCCACUCACCUCUCGGUGAAAUAGUUGGGUGCCAGGAGAGCAGAUCUUCGGGUGUGUUCAGGACUCACCCUUUGGGCGGGUCGGGGUGGGGUGCUGGAGGGUGGAGAGGGGUGGUCUCAGGGAACAGGGCAGAGGAAGACCACCGCCCUGAGAGUAGAGCAAAGGGGCUC